GAAGGGAGAGGGAGUGUUCAAAGAAAAGGAGCACCGAACCCCCGCCCCGGCUGUGGGGUGGCAGAGGGCGGCCGCUGUCCGACGGUGCGGGCGUACGGUGGGAGCCCCCCCGGCAGCCGCGCUCCGAACCCCGGCGCGCCGCCACCGCCCGCCCGUCCGCCGCCCCCCGCCGGCAGCCACCAUGAACAAGCUGUACAUCGGGAAUCUAAACGAGAGCGUGACUCCGGCCGACUUGGAGAAAGUCUUCAACGACCACAAGAUUUCUUUCAGCGGGCAGUUCCUGGUUAAGUCCGGCUAUGCCUUUGUGGACUGCCCCGACGAACAGUGGGCCAUGAAAGCCAUCGAAACUUUUUCGGGGAAAGUGGAGCUGCAUGGAAAACAGCUAGAGAUUGAACACUCAGUCCCUAAAAAGCAAAGGAGCCGGAAAAUUCAAAUCCGAAAUAUCCCACCUCAGCUGCGAUGGGAGGUCCUGGAUGGCUUGCUUGCACAAUAUGGCACUGUAGAAAACUGUGAGCAAGUGAACACAGACAGUGAGACUGCUGUGGUUAAUGUCACCUACACAAACCGGGAGCAGACCAGGCAAGCCAUCAUGAAGCUGAAUGGGCACCAGCUGGAGAACCACGUGCUGAAGGUCUCCUACAUCCCUGACGAGCAAUCAGUGCAGGGCCCAGAGAAUGGGCGUCGGGGUGGCUUUGGGGCCCGAGGUGCCCCCCGGCAGGGUUCCCCUGUCACAGCAGGAGCUCCAGUCAAGCAGCAGCCUGUGGACAUCCCCCUCCGUCUGCUGGUGCCAACACAGUAUGUGGGUGCCAUCAUUGGCAAAGAAGGAGCCACCAUCAGGAACAUUACCAAGCAGACACAGUCCAAGAUUGAUGUUCACCGUAAGGAGAACGCAGGAGCUGCAGAAAAAGCUAUCAGCAUCCACUCCACCCCCGAGGGCUGCUCUGCUGCCUGCAAAAUGAUCUUGGAGAUCAUGCAGAAGGAGGCAAAGGACACGAAGACAGCUGAUGAAGUGCCUCUGAAAAUCUUGGCCCAUAACAACUUUGUGGGGCGCCUGAUUGGCAAAGAAGGGCGAAACUUGAAGAAAGUGGAGCAGGAUACGGAGACAAAAAUCACCAUUUCAUCCUUGCAGGACCUGACCCUGUACAACCCUGAAAGAACGAUCACAGUGAAGGGCUCCAUCGAGAACUGCUGCAAAGCAGAGCAGGAGAUCAUGAAGAAAGUGAGAGAAGCCUACGAGAACGAUGUCGCUGCCAUGAGCCUGCAAUCUCAUCUCAUCCCUGGCCUUAACCUGGCUGCUGUCGGCCUCUUCCCUGCCUCCUCCAACGCAGUACCUCCUCCUCCCAGCAGCGUCUCUGGGGCUGCUCCAUACAGCUCUUUCAUGCCUCCAGAGCAGGAGACCGUACACGUCUUCAUCCCUGCCCAAGCAGUUGGUGCCAUCAUUGGCAAGAAGGGUCAGCACAUCAAGCAGCUCUCCCGGUUUGCAAGUGCCUCUAUUAAGAUUGCACCACCGGAGACGCCGGACUCCAAAGUGCGCAUGGUGGUCAUCACAGGCCCUCCAGAAGCUCAGUUCAAGGCACAAGGCAGGAUUUAUGGCAAGCUGAAGGAGGAGAACUUCUUUGGGCCGAAGGAAGAAGUGAAGCUGGAGACGCACAUCCGUGUCCCCGCCUCGGCUGCAGGGAGGGUUAUUGGCAAAGGGGGCAAAACUGUCAAUGAGCUGCAGAACCUGACUGCUGCAGAGGUGGUGGUUCCACGGGAUCAGACCCCUGAUGAGAACGAGCAGGUCAUUGUGAAGAUCAUCGGGCACUUCUAUGCCAGCCAGAUGGCGCAGCGCAAAAUCCGGGACAUCCUGGCCCAGGUGAAGCAGCAGCAUCAGAAGGGACAGAGCGGCCAGCUGCAAGCGAGGAGGAAAUGAGAGCAGCACUGACACCAAUGUGAAAAGUGGAACAAGCCAAUGCCAGGCUUAAGAGUGGCUGGGAAUCAGUUACCAUAGACAGAUGCAAUUGUUUUCAUUAACUGGUCGACACUAAAAGGCAGUUUGAUUGGCUUUCAAGGCAAGAGGGACGGGGCUAAGAACCAGACCUCACCACCCGACCCAUUUUUAGCUCCAUGUGCUGACACUGUACUGAACUGAAGUGGGAGGUGCUGCGGGGCUGGGGGAUGGAGCCCAACACCAGGCACUGCACUCAGCCCCUGCAGGCACUGCCUGCCCUCAUCUCAGGGCCUCUGGGGGCUCCCCCAGGGCUCCCCCCCAGCCCCAUUUCCCCCAUCCCUCCUUCAGUCCCUUCCCUGCCUCAGCGGUGUGGCUGACGGA